CGCCAGGCGGCCGCCAUGUCGGCCUCAGCCUGCGACCCGACCCUGACUGAGCCAGAGACCGGGGGCCGGAGGACCCGGGCGGGAACGGCCCGAGGGGCCGGCUGUGCACCCGAGAUGUCCGGGGCGGUGCCGGCGGGCAGCGCCGCGGGCUCAGUAAAAUUCAAAGAUGUGACUAUGGCCUUUACCCAGAGGGAAUGGGAGCAACUAGAUCCUGCUCAGAGGAGCCUGUACAAGGACGUGAUGCUGGAGAACUACAGCAACCUUGCCUCAAUGGAGCAUCAAGCUCCUAAACCAGACGUGAUGUCCAAUUUGGAAAAAGGAGAAGAACCAUGGUUGGGGAAGGGGAAAAGACCUAGGCAAGGUUGUCCGGGUGAAGUAGCAAGACCCAAACAAACAGGAGCCAAUGGAAAAGAAGUCCAGCAAGAUGAGGAUCAGCUAAAGAAUCAACAGGAAUCUCAAAACAAACUCCUUAGGGAAGCUGUACUCAAGAAAAAAACUCUGACUAAGAAGAAAGGCAAUGAAUGCAAUUCAUUGGGGAAAAAAGUUGUGAGUACAAAACAUGUUCCUUCAAAGAAAAAGCUUCUUAAAGUUGAUUCACAUGGAAAGAGUUUGAAACAAAAUUUAGACUUACCUGGUCAUAUUAGAAAUUGUGCAAAAAAGAAACCUGGUGUCGCUAAAGAGCACAGGAAAUCAGUCAGCCAUAACUUACCCGAUACGAAGAACAAAAAUCAAACUGGAAAGAAACAUAAGAAAUUAUCCAACCAUAGCUCACCUAAUAAGUGUGACAAAACUCAAACUGGCAAGAAACAUGACAACUUAGUUUGUCAGAGCUUAUCCCAUGCUAAAUGGGAGAAAAUUCAACCUGGUGAGAAACAUGAAAAGUCAUCCAGCCACAGCUCAUCUCCUACUAAGUGUGACAAAACUCAAGCUAAAGUGAAACCCUAUGAAUGUAAUCAAUGUGGGAAGGUUCUCAGCCAUAAACAAGGACUUGUUGACCAUCAGCGAAUUCAUACUGGGGAGAAACCAUAUGAAUGUAAUGAAUGUGGGAUAGCCUUUAGCCAAAAAUCACACCUUGUUGUGCAUCAGAGAACUCACACUGGAGAAAAACCAUAUGAAUGUAUUCAGUGUGGCAAAGCCCAUAGCCAUAAACAUGCCCUCACUGACCAUCUAAGAGUUCAUACUGGGGAAAAACCCUAUGAAUGUACUGAAUGUGGGAAGACCUUCAGACACAGCUCAAACCUUAUUCAACAUGUGAGAUCUCACACAGGUGAGAAGCCCUACGAAUGUAAGGAAUGUGGAAAAUCCUUUAGGUAUAACUCAUCUCUUACUGAACAUGUAAGAACUCAUACAGGUGAAAUACCGUAUGAAUGUAAUGAAUGUGGAAAAGCCUUUAAGUAUAGCUCAUCUCUUACUAAACAUAUGAGAAUUCAUACGGGUGAGAAACCCUUUGAGUGCCAGGAAUGUGGGAAAGCUUUCAGCAAGAAGUCACACCUCAUUAUACAUCAAAGAACUCAUACUAAGGAGAAACCUUAUAAAUGUAAUGAAUGUGGAAAAGCCUUUGGACAUAGCUCAUCUCUUACUUACCACAUAAGAACUCAUACAGGUGAAAAUCCCUUUGAAUGUAAUCAAUGUGGGAAGGCCUUUAAACAAAUUGAAGGCCUUACUCAACAUCAGAGAGUUCAUACUGGGGAGAAACCCUAUGAAUGUAAUGAAUGUGGAAAAGCCUUUAGCCAAAAGUCACACCUCAUUGUACAUCAAAGAACUCAUACUGGGGAGAAACCCUAUGAAUGUAGUGAAUGUGGAAAAGCCUUCAAUGCAAAGUCACAACUUGUUAUACAUCAGAGAUCCCACACUGGAGAGAAACCAUAUGAAUGCAAUAAAUGUAGGAAAGCCUUCAAACAAAAUGCAUCCCUUACCAAACAUGUGAAAACUCAUUCAGAAGAGAAAUCUCAUGAAUGAAAUUAAUGUAGAAAGUCUUAACUGAACAGGUUUCAUUUAACCUUAAAAGUAUAGUUGACCCUUAAACAACAUGAGAGUUGACCCUCCACACAACUGACAAUCCAUACUUUUGAUUUGCCACAGACUUAGCUACUAAUAGCCUGUUCUUGACCAGAAGCCUUAUCAAUAACAUAAACAGUUGAUUAACACAUAUUUUAUUUUGUAUGGUAUAUGUAUCAUAUACUAUAUUCUUACCACAAAGUAGCUAGAGAAAAUAAAAUGUUUUUUUCAAACUGUUGCAAAUCUCAAAAAUAUUCUCCAAUGUAUCUAUUGAGAUAAGUCUGUAUGUAAGUGGACCCACACAGUUCAAACCCAUAUUGUUCAGGGAUCAACAACAGUGUUCUGAAUUUAAAGGAUGUUAGAAACCCUUUAACAAGAAGCCACACCUCAUUACACAUAGAGGAUUUAAAAAUGAAUCUUCACAUAGAAGCAAUAGAUGACAAGUUUUAACUUUAUACCAAACCCUUAUAGAAAAUAUUGUUUUAAAAAUACUCAGUUAUUAUAAAUGAUGUAAAUGUUCAGAUUGAAAUAAAGCUUUAAAUAUUUUUAAUAAGUUUAAUAAUCAGAGCAAUAGAGAAACAUAUUGCA